AUGGCAUCCUCACCCGUUCAUCUUCCACUAUCUUCCACCGCUAAAUUUCGAGUUGACGAUGCCUCAUCGUCAAGCCAGAUUACCGAAUCAGGCCGCUACAGCAACCGCGUGGGCAUAAGACCUCUGUUCACACAGAAUCAAUUGGUCAAUAAAUCGAAGAGCCCUGAAAGCCCUAAAUCAAAAUCUCAGCCUGCAAGAUCUCCUACUCAGACUACUCCUCGCACCGUCCGGCUGAUCAACUAUGAUAACUAUUCCUACUCUCCUACAAACUUUUCAGUAUUCCCGGAUUUCGAUCUUGAUACAUUGGAUGUGUCACAGAAUUAUGACUUGAUUAGCAACAGUAACUACUUUGCCACUUCGGUUGAUCCUGGUUCUUCCGGUGUGCAGAAACCCAGCCAACAUAGCCACUAUCUGUUCCAUCCUCUUGCCAAUGAGGAUUCCAGCGCUAACCGCUGCUCGCUUCCCAACUUGCCUGCUUCCGACCCAAUCGUGGAAUAUCCUUCACUCUACGAUUCCAGUUCAUCAACUUGCCUGGACACCCUUUCCUCGCCCCCAAUGCAUCCUUUUUCGUUAAAGACCCGUUCCUGUAGCGAAACUGACACAUCAAAGAUCCAAUUCUCUUCCUUCUUUGAGUUGGACGAAAUCAGUGAUGUGAGUGACCCGGAAAGUAACGAGUUCGAUGACGAUGACGACCACGAUUACUAUAACGACAACACAGAUAUGAAUGAAGCUCAAUCCCAAUACCUGAGUCCUCCACUGAUGAACGAUUCCAAUCCGGAGAUUUUGGAGGCGGAUGAUGGUUGCAGCUCAAAAAAUGUUAGUGUCCAGGAAUUUUCCAAGUUUACCCCUAACAAUAUGGGCUCAUGGGCCACCAAACAAGAUGAACAAGCUUUGUUGACUCCAGCCAGUUGUUCUCCCACGGAAUCCAAUUCAGGUUCCGAUGCCCCCGUUACACCCACGAACUCUAUGGUUUCCAGGAAAAGACUUUUUGAUGAAAGAGAUGACAAAACAGACUUACAAACAGAAUUUGACCAUGUUUUCGAUUCAUUGGUGUUUGAUUUGGAGAAUAAGGCUUAUAGUCAGUACAAGUCAUCAGUCAAAAUCCCGUUGCCCCCACUUUCACAGUCAAGAUACGAUAAAAUUACUGAGUUAGCAGUAAACAAAAACCUAGAUAUGGGCCAAGUGGACAAUGUUCUCAAAUUGUUCAAGUUGCGCAACUUCGAUUUGAAGCUUAAACUGCUGUCCAGGGUACUAGGUCAGAGGCGAGAGGAGCAUGCUUUCUAUCCAGAGCACACCAGCGACAAGGGGUUAGUCCUGACUGAAUCCAAUGAUGGAAGCCUGAGCAUACUCGCCAAAACUUAUGCUGGUCAUGAGGAUAGUAGCUCGAUAAUUGAAAAUUCUAUCAUUUCAUGUUUCAAGACUAUCAAAGAGUUUGCUAUCUACUUCAGGCAGCCAAAUGACACGGGAUCGAAAUCAAAAAAGCCUUCUGCAGGAGCGAAGAAGCAGAGACUGGGAAAAUCACGAUUGACACAUGAAAGUGAGAGUGGAAGCACAAAUCAUAUCAAGAGACCUUUAAAUUCGUUUAUGUUGUAUCGGACAUCGAUGGUGAAAGCAAUUGUUUUACUUUCUUUAAUAGACUCAUUGUCGUCCUUCGUUUUUAAAAGAUUGCAGAUGCAAUACUCAUCCUAUGAUCCACAGGCAGAACUGGAAUAUCUCAAGGUGAUUGAUUCCAACCUUACCGAGUCUCUUGCGCAGGAGUUGAGGCAAGAAUGUGUUAUCCACAAAUACAACCACCACCUGCUCAUCCAGAUAGUUGCCGUUAUGUGGUCAACUGAGCUCAACAGCGUGAAGAAGACAUUCAUUUCGCUAGCACAAUCUGAGAAGAAAAUUCAUGCCAAAUGUUAUCCUGACUACAAAUACCACCCCCAAAGAAAGGGAUGA